AUGGACCGGAACCCGGGCCAAGCUGUUUUCGAGCAGCUUAUCUUCGAGCCAUCGUUCUUGACUUUGGCUGCGGCGUUCCAUAAGACGCAGUCCCUCUGCGUUUCUCUCCCCGUCGCUCGCACCGGGCAUCUGAGGCCGAUCGAUAUUAUCGGACCGCGUGAUUACGACUGUGUUUCGAUCUGCUCCCAUAAGAAAACCCGCCUGGCGAAUGGCCGGACGCACGUUCACAACACCGCAUCCUUCACCUCCGCAGCUCUCUCAUCAGCCUCUGCUCUACCCAGACCAUACCCCACGUACUCGUCUGCCGUACCGAGAUGCACGAUCAGAUGGACAUCGCGAAUCCGCCACAACAAUCCCAACCGCUUCACGACCGCGAUCCACUCUCUCAGAGCAUACCAAUCGUGCGCGAGGAAGACACUUCGCCUACCGAAGUACCACUUCACCAUCGCAUCCUUCUGCUCCGCGGUACACCCUAGAUUCACAAUCUCCACCGGAAUCUCCGUCUCUUUUCAGCAUCCGAAGACACUGUGCAACGGCCAUGGCUUUCCGAUCAUGAAGAAGUCGCCCUCCUGCCCAGCAUCGACUCCCAUCGUUAGCUUCAUUUCGUUCGGGAGAGAGUCGAUCAUUUCGCGCAUCGAACGUCCAGGGCCAAUACCGAAGGGGUUCCGAUUGCUGCGGUGGAGGAGAGCUAAGGGCACGGUUGGACUGGAGAAUUUCGGAAUCAAAGCCUUCGAUGCUGGCCAGAAGGGCGGUCGCAAAUGGCAAUUCCAGUGUCAAAGUGUCAUCGUCGCCAAUAUAAGACUCGAGCAACUCGUCGAUCCGCAGCAUAAUCUGACCGACAAUAGACGCGUUGCUAUCUGGCUUGGCGUCGGCAAAGGACUCGUGCAUGUCGCCGUCCAGUGGGCCUGA